UCAACCGGCAAACCCCUCCGACAGUCUGACGGGACGGCGACUGAUAACAUCAGAAUAUGAGUGAGACAGCUAUUUCCUUCGCCAAGGACUUCUUGGCUGGCGGUAUUGCUGCUGCCAUCUCCAAAACAGCUGUUGCCCCCAUUGAAAGAGUCAAGCUUCUUCUUCAGGUGCAACAUGCCAGCAAACAAAUCUCAGUUGACAAGCAGUAUAAGGGCAUCAUGGAUUGUGUCGUCCGUAUCCCCAAAGAGCAGGGCUUCCUCUCGUUCUGGAGAGGGAAUCUAGCCAACGUCAUCCGAUACUUCCCCACUCAGGCCCUCAACUUUGCUUUCAAGGACAAAUACAAGAAGGUUUUCCUUGACGGCGUGGACAAGCGCAAGCAGUUCUGGAGAUACUUCGCAGGUAACUUGGCCUCUGGUGGUGCCGCCGGAGCCACAUCACUCUGUUUCGUGUACCCCCUUGACUUCGCCAGAACACGUCUGGCUGCCGAUGUGGGAAAAGCCGGAGCAGGGCGUGAGUUCAAAGGCCUGGGAGACUGCUUAGUGAAGAUCUCCAAGUCCGAUGGCAUCAAGGGUCUGUACCAGGGCUUCAGUGUGUCGGUCCAGGGCAUUAUCAUCUACAGAGCUGCUUACUUUGGUGUCUAUGACACAGCAAAGGGCAUGCUUCCAGACCCCAAGAACACACACAUUUUUGUCAGCUGGAUGAUUGCUCAGUCUGUGACUGCAGUUGCCGGUCUUGUGUCCUACCCCUUCGAUACUGUCCGUCGUCGUAUGAUGAUGCAGUCUGGACGCAAAGGAGCGGACAUCAUGUACUCCGGCACCAUUGACUGCUGGAAGAAGAUCACCCGUGAUGAGGGAGGCAAGGCUUUCUUCAAGGGAGCGUGGUCUAACGUGCUGAGAGGCAUGGGUGGUGCUUUUGUGCUUGUCUUGUACGAUGAGCUUAAGAAAGUCAUCUAAGUAGUUUUUAUGUCCACUGUUCAUGUUGUGAAGUUUAAACUGUAACAUAUCUUGUACAUUUGGAUGGACUGAAAUGCUGCGAUUAUAUAUUUAUAGGGACCAGCUAGUAUUUUCUACUAGUUGUAACGGGAGAAUCUGUCCUGCUCCUCUCUUGGCCCAUACUUUUUCUUUUUGUUUUGCCCCUCACCAGAAUGUCAUUCCCUGAACACAGGAACCUUGCCAGAAAAAGAGAAAU